AUUUUUGUAGAAAUUUGAAUAAGGAUGCAAAAUAAUGCUGAGACUGAUAAACUUCCACCAGUAAAUACUUCUGUACUUACAUGUGAUUGUAUGAACAAUUCAAAAACUGAUACAUUUAAAGUAAAUAAUGGAUCUAGCACUGAAGUAAAUGGUAUUUCCACUUGCUCAAAUCCAAACUGUCCAUAUGGUUAUCUGAAACGAAAUACUUUCACUUCAGAAGUAUUCAAAAUACAAUUGAAGAAUAUUUCUCGUCAUGCAGGUUUCUCUGUAGUGAAGAAGUUGUUACAGUCAUUGAAUGUAAAAUUUUGUAAGAUAAAGUUUCCUAAAUGCGGUUUGGCAUUUCUUUCGUUCGAAUCUGCUACUGAUCGUGAUUUCGCUAUCUCCGUUUUGGAUGGACACGUUUGGAAAGGUUCAAAAAUAGAAGCUAAGAUUGCUCGUCCUCAUGCUGAUCCACUAAUGAAAAGGCGAGCUGAAUGUGAAGUGAAUGCCGAACUCUUAUCAAAAAAACCACAUAACGAUGAUGGGUCAAAUGAACCAGUUGAUUUGGAGAAAGCUCAUGAAGUACUUCGUGAUUCUAUUCUUCCAUUAUGGCGUUUAAAUUAUGAUCCAGAUCAAUUAAUUGAGAAACGAAAUCUAGUUUUACAAUAUUUAGCUGAAACACGAAGAAGAUUGUUGUUGAUCAAUCCGGAGAUUGGAAAUGUUGACAGCGUGAAAUUUGUAGAGGAAUACGAUUCAAAAAAUCAACCAACGAUAUGUAAACUUGCCCCUAUAAUUCCAUCUCCUGUCCAAUCUGAAUAUCGAAAUAAAUCCGAACUUACUAUUGGUUACGAUGUGGAUGGUUCAGGUUAG